GGAAAUUUGUGUAGAGCAACCAAUCAUUGAUUAACAAAGGAGAACCUGGCGCAGAGCUUUCGGUAGAUUCAAGCUAAUUGCGUUCUGUUCUUACUUUAUUUAAUACUGCUGUGCAGUUCCUGUUCAUAGGAAAGGCUCUUUUAAUUAGUUUGAAGAAUGGGUAGGAGCAGGAGCCGAACUCCGCCGAGACGAGAGAGAAGACGGUCCCGCUCUACGUCACGGGAACACGAGCGCAGGCGAAGAGACAGGGAGCGCUCUCGCUCUAGGGACAGGGACAGAGACCGCCGCAGAUCUCGUUCACGCUCACCACACCGAAGGCGCUCCAGGACCCCUCCCAGGCGCCACCGCUCCUCCUCCCUCUCUCCUGGAAGGCAGAAGGACAGACGUGACGAUGAGCGGAAAGAGGGGAAGGAUAAAGCCGGGAAGCCUAUUCAGAUCUCAGCGGAGGAUAUGGAAGGCAAAACGGAGGAGGAAAUUGAGAUGAUGAAAUUGAUGGGAUUUGGUUCUUUUGAUUCAACCAAGGGGAAGAAAACGGAUGGAUCAGUUAAUGCAUAUGCAGUCAACGUUACAAUGAAGAGGAAAUACAGGCAGUACAUGAACAGAAAAGGAGGAUUUAACAGACCACUGGACUUCAUCGCUUAAAGGUGUCAACAGCUUGUCUUUAACAAGCAGUUUUUUUUCCCCUGAAGAGGACAAGGACAAUAUAGAUCUAUCUCCUAUUAAAUUUAUGUUAUUAUACAGCUUUUUUGUUUUUUGCUUUUACUGACCAUAUGUUGUAAAUAGUUAUACCUCCAGUCCUUCUCAGUUCAGAGCAGAUGUGGUAAUGGAGUAUUUUGUUGUGGAAAUUUGUUCUGUAUUCUUAAUAAAUUUUAAAAUGUUGACUAUCUGUAAAAGUCUUUUUUUAGUCAUCUAAAGCUUUAUUCUUAAAUACAUCCUUAAAACUUUC